AUGUCAAUUGAUCCAUUAAAUAUCGAUCCAUGUGAUAUACGUUCACAUAAAUUUGCUACACUUUUAUCUGAACCAUUAGGUGAUAAGAUGUUACAUAAAUUACCCGGUAUUGGAAUAAGCACUUUAAAAAAACUAAAACAAACUAAACAAAUAAUAAAAGCUGAAGAUCUAUUGCGUGAAUUUAUUCAUAUAUUUCAAUUUGAUCAUGAACAAUUUCGUUUAUGGCUUAUGAAAGAUUAUUCUAUACCUGAAUAUCGAGCUACUGAAUGUGUUAUUGCUUUAAUUGAUUAUAUAGAACAAGCGAAUAAAAAUCAUUGGCCAUUACCAUAA